GAACUGUCAAAAGGUCAAGCGAAGCGAAAAGAAACAAUUUUCUAAAGUAAAUAAUUAUAACUAAAACUUCACAAAAAAUGUGUGCUGGCUCCACAUACGCAUAUUUAUCGUGACGAUGUACAGUUACAAUGUUAAAUUUCUGACAUGCGACGAAUCCAUCACUCUGAAAAACGGGGACUUUAAAAGUUUCAAGUAUGAAACGAAGAAGAAAUCUGAGGAGUCGGUGUAUGAUAGUGGUAAGAGGAGUUUUUGUGAGCGUCGAGGCGGACAUUGGACGGCGGCGAACCCGCGUCAGCUCAGAAAACUCGAGGCUAAUUUUCGGGAACGCACAGCCGUUUACUGCGAAUGGUUGAAUGAGAACUUGAUUGUAAUAGUGUUUUCUUCUGGUGCCAUCGCCUACCUCACUGUGAAGCCUAGUACGUUGGAUGUGACACAGAUUUUGUUCGAUAGAUAUGUUGUUGGGAAAAUAUCUGGACAGUCUGUUACUGGAGUUGCAUUCUGCAAGUCGCACUUACUGUUCACACAUACAGACCGGACAGCGACACUCAUUACUUUUGGUAAAAGUGUACCGAAUGCUCAACCAUGCCGUAUAAAAGACAGGGAUCCACACAUACAAACAGUAGAACUGGGAGGCUCCCGGCGUACUGAAAGGAGAGUGUCCUGGUGCGAGGCCCCCAGCCCUAGCUCCGGUGUGCGAGUACUCGUGUGGGGCGCCGCCGCAGUGGAGCCGGCGCCCUGGAGCCCCGCACUCGAGGACCAGGCCAACUUGCAUCUGUAUCUGAUACGAGGGCAACAAAUGAGCCUACUAGCGUACCAUCAGUUGGAGAAUGAAACGUUGUGCGCCGAGAUCUCUUCGACCAACGACAAUAUCAUUCACGUCAUUGAACAGACUGCGUGCCAUAAGAGCGGUGUAACGAUAGAAUGGUUGCGCUACACCGCCCCGACGUGCGAGCUGCGCGCGACGCGCCUGCGGUCCCCGGGCGUGGAGCGCACGGGCUGCACGCUGCCCGCGCCCGCGCGCUGCGUGCGCCGCGCCGCCGCGCGCGCGCUGCUCGCCUGCAUCGACGGCUCGCUGCACGUGCUGCACGAGCACGCUGGCCUCACGCACGAGGCGAGGCUCAGCUCUGUGGCAACGGACGUCCGUUGGGCGGGGUCCCUAAUACUAGCCGCGUCCGACGGCCUGCAGUGCUUCGACAGCGCGCUCACCGCCCUGCCGCACCCCCCGCACCUCUCCAAUAUACUGCGAGAGCCGCGUCGAAUGCAGCUUCUGGCCACGCGGAGCGAGCGCGGCGGGCCUCUAGUUUUGGCGUCGUUCAGCGGAGGGCCACUGGCGUUGAUUCGGGUCUCGCAUCCUGAACUUAUGACGGCGUGGGUCCGCCUGGGGCGGCCCUCCAACGCCGUAUCCCUGCUGCGCGCUCUGGACUGGGACGCGUCGGGCGGCUUGGGGCUGCGCGGCGCCGCGGCGCUGCUGGGCGGCGCGCUGCGCGGCGCGCUGGCGCCCGACGAGGAGGCGCGCGCGCAGGCCGCGCUGGGCGCCUACCUGGCGCCGCCCAAGCCGCACGACCCGAACGCGCUCAAAUACGCGCCGGCGGUGCACGACCUCGCGAGAAAGUUUUUUCACCAUCUGUUAAGGCGAGGCCGCGUCGAGAAAGCCCUAAGCCUCUGCGUGGACCUAGCGGCGUGGGACCUCUGUAUGGACGCGCGCUGGGCCGCCACUCGCGCCGGGCAGCCCGCGCUGGCCGCCGAGGCCGCCGCACUCGCCACCACUAUCGACAAUUGUCCAGAAUCAGUCUGCUCCGACUCAUGCUCGCAAUGCUCCUCCGACUCGUCUUCCUCCAGCCAUCCCCCCCUCCCACGACCACCCCUACCCUCCCUCCUCCCCGUACCAACCACCCCCAGCCAUCCCACCACCACCAGCAUCAGACCCAACCUACACCAGUAUUUGGAAAAGAACAAUACUAUAUGGAACACAGAUGUUAAAGAUGACUGGCCUAAUGAUUAUAGAAGAGAGACAGGUGCUAAUGACUAUAGGAGUAGUAUAGAAGUAAUACCGCGGCCGGACGCGCAUUUUAGACAUCUGUACCAAACUGAGCUAAGAGAAGAAUCUCCUAACACUAUGUACAGGAGUAGCGUAGAAGUAAUACCGCGGCCGGACGCGCGUUUUAGACAUCUGUACCAAACUGAGCUGAGAGAAGAAUCUCCUAAUACUAUGUACAGGAGUAGCGUAGAAGUAAUACCGCGGCCGGACGCGCGUUUUAGACAUCUGUACCAAACUGAGCUGAGAGAAGAAUCUCCUAAUACUAUGUACAGGAGUAGCGUAGAAGUAAUACCGCGGCCGGACGCGCGUUUUAGACAUCUGUACCAAACUGAGCUGAGAGAAGAAUCUCCUAAUACUAUGUACAGGAGUAGCGUAGAAGUAAUACCGCGGCCGGACGCGCGUUUUAGACAUCUGUACCAAACUGAGCUGAGAGAAGAAUCUCCUAAUACUAUGUACAGGAGUAGCGUAGAAGUAAUACCGCGGCCGGACGCGCGUUUUAGACAUCUGUACCAAACUGAGCUGAGAGAAGAAUCUCCUAAUACUAUGUACAGGAGUAGCGUAGAAGUAAUACCGCGGCCGGACGCGCGUUUUAGACAUCUGUACCAAACUGAGCUGAGAGAAGAAUCUCCUAAUACUAUGUACAGGAGUAGCGUAGAAGUAAUACCGCGGCCGGACGCGCGUUUUAGACAUCUGUACCAAACUGAGCUGAGAGAAGAAUCUCCUAAUACUAUGUACAGGAGUAGCGUAGAAGUAAUACCGCGGCCGGACGCGCAUUUUAGACAUCUGUACCAAACUGAGCUAAGAGAAGAAUCUCCUAACACUAUGUACAGGAGUAGCGUAGAAGUAAUACCGCGGCCGGACGCGCGUUUUAGACAUCUGUACCAAACUGAGCUGAGAGAAGAAUCUCCUAAUACUAUGUACAGGAGUAGCGUAGAAGUAAUACCGCGGCCGGACGCGCGUUUAAGACAUCUGUACCAAACUGAGCUGAGAGAAGAAUCUCCUAAUACUAUGUACAGGAGUAGCGUAGAAGUAAAACCGCGGCCGGACGCGCGUUUUAGACAUCUGUACCAAACUGAGCUGAGAGAAGAAUCUCCUAAUACUAUGUACAGGAGUAGCGUAGAAGUAAUACCGCGGCCGGACGCGCGUUUUAGACAUCUGUACCAAACUGAGCUGAGAGAAGAAUCUCCUAAUACUAUGUACAGGAGUAGCGUAGAAGUGAUACCGCGGCCGGACGCGCAUUUUAGACAUCUGUACCAAACUGAGCUGAGAGAAGAAUCUCCUAACACUAUGUACAGGUACAACGGGUACAGACCGGGGUCAUCAGAGCGUACAAUAAAAGUGGACGGGUACGAGCGACAGAAACCAGAGAAAAACAAGGUCAAGUUCUCGGAUACCGUCACUAUCGCUGUUGUGGCUUCAGAAGGUAACGUGGGUUCGGUGGCCAGGGAGCUGGCGGACAGCCUGCCGCUGUGCGCGCCGCACAACUACCUCGCCGCCUUCGCGCCGCACCCCGCGCCGCCCGCGCCCCUCCCGCCCCUCCAGCCCCUGUCGCCGCACGCCCCGCCCGGUACCAACGACUACGUCGAAGUGUAG